AGAAACAAAACAGACGAAGGACAAGUCCCGUAGGCGAAUUACCUUCUUAGGGCUCUCCGGGCUUUUUAUAUUUUAUAAACGUCAAAUCUACCGAACGCGGUCAUCCUAACAUCUUUUGUUUCUUGUUUUACUCUGUUCACCAGAUUUGCGUAAUAAAUUGGUUGAUGUUGCUCCACGGUAAAGAAGCGUGUUUAAAUUCUUAAGCCUGUUGACUGUAAAAUCUGAGCCCUGUAGAUGUAAUAGGAUGCGUGACGAAGUUGGUUAUGGCUUCUCCGGAGAUCAUUAACGUUUCAGACGAUUCUAUUGACUCAACAAUAUCAAUCCGAAACAGUGAAAUAGAGAAUGGAAUAAAUCCGUUGAUGCAGUCUUAUUGCGGUGUGCCAGCAGGCAGUAGAGGUGAAGGUCUGCCAUAUGCUCCACAGGGAUGGCCAAAUCCGGAGGAUAAGUGGGGAUGGCAGGUAGGCAAAAGAACAAAUCUAAAUGGCAGCUGGAGAGACAGAUAUUUAAUUCUGCCUAAAUCGGUGUCGGAAGGCCGUAGAGCCAUCCGAUUUCAAAGCAAACUUGAGGUUAUAAAGUAUUUGACAGAAACAUUCCCAGGUUUAGAUCUAGAAAAGUUCUUUGCUUCUUUCCAAUGGCUGGUGCCUGCAUACUUUCCUGACCAGAUGCCCACAAAAAGUAAUAACGAAGAAGAAGUGGCUAGUGGAAAUCCCAACUUUUCUAAUACCAUUGCCGUGGAUCGUGAGAAGGGGAGAAUCGUUCCUGAUUUGCGCUGUUUACCUGCUGAUAGAAGAGCUUUGACGGUUGAGAAGGAGGUUAACCAGGCCCUUCACAUGUUAAGACGGUUACAAGAAAGAGAAUACAUCGCUGCACGAGAUAAAUUGCUUGCUCAGAAGGAUUUACUUGUUACCUUCUUGCAGCCCACAAAUGGUAGUCUCUCUUCAUCCGCUCUGGAGAAAGCAUAUGAGAAAGAACUUGAAAGAUUUCGAAACAUGCUGGUAAUUGCAAAAGGAUUUGGUAACACCUCCCGGGAGUUUCUGCAACAUCGCUUUCCGAAAGGCCCUGAUGGAUACCAACCAGAUGCAUAUUCUGAUCAAGUUAUUCGACUUGGUUGGAUUGACACGAAAAGUGAGUUUCCUAAUCCUAAUGAAGAGGUGACAGAUGCAACGAACAUUAACAAGACAAGCAUGGAAGCACUUCGUAGAUGAAUGUGGACAAAAUGUCCUUCAAUUUUGAAAUGCUCGUUAAAGAACCGAAUCUGCAGUCAACUAGUGCAGUAUGGAAGUUGUUUGUGAAGGCAUUUAAAAGAGCUUUUCGUCCUUCACUUCUGGUAGAUAUCUUUCAGUAACUUGUGCACAGUUUUGAUGAUUCUACACGAAUAUUGUGGUGUGAAAGUUGUUUGUAAAGGCAUUCAUAAGAGCUUCCUGACCUUCACUGCCGUUAGAAAUGACCUGGUAACCUUUGCAACGUAUCUUCCAUAUUAUCAAAUUUGGGAACGAAGAGCUUUAUUAGGAAUGUGAAGUAAAAAAUGGAGAAACAUAGAAACAAAAAGCAAAGUUCAUCAAUAAAAGGCUCAUUUUGGGUCAAUCUGCGACAGUAAUUGGAAAUCAUGAUCAAAAAUUGUUUUUUUAUCUUAUUUGAAUGCUACUUGUCUAAUUCGUAUUUCUGCAAAUUAUCAAUUAAAAACAAUUAUACAUGGGGAUGCAUUAUCACCCCCAUUGCCAUCCUAGGGUCCCAGAGAUGGCUGGGGAUGCCUCCUGGCAAUCUCCUGUCCCCUAGAGAAAUCAGGGAUGCUCCUCUUCUUUUCAAUUUUAAAAAGUCAGUUUUUUAUUUUACAACUAUGGAAAGAAAAUUCACAGCUGAAUGCCCACAUAAAACUCAUUUUUAUUUUUAUUUUUAAUUAAAAAGUGAAUCAGUUUAUUUUUAAAAAAGGGGUCAUCGACAGCCAGUUCUUUGUAACGACGGAGAGGAAAUUUACAAUUGCUAGAUGACUCUGUACAACUAUGGAAUGAAAAUGUACCCCUUUUGAAUGGCAACAUACAGCUACUCUUUUUGUGAGUGGGUAAUUCUACGACUGCAUACAGCUGUAAGAGAGCAGACAAUUAUAAAAGGAGAUACAGGUGUGCCAUGAGCGUAAGCAUGAUUAUCUACACUUCUAAAGUGAAAUGAUACAUAUCUCAAUGAGAGCGUAAAGUUUUGGUUUAGGUAAGCGGGGUUUUGUAAGAAAUGCAUGUUGUUAUUACAUACACUCAUGAUUCUAUAUCUUUCAGGGGAAAUCCUUGCUUCAACAGCUUGGGCUGAUCUCUUAGGAUUGCGAAACAGCGGUUUGACUAUAUUAGCAUUAAGCUCUUCGAACAAAGAGAAAUGAUUUAUCAAACAAUAUGCUUAUUUACUUCC